AUGUCAGACGAUAAAAGACCAGACUGGAAGAAAGGAUUUGACAGGAUGAGAUACAUGUACAAGGACUUCAGCAUCUCCUCUACUAGCACUGAAUUCAUCAACCGAGCAAGCUCAGGAAAAGAACUUUUGUUCAAUAAUUCAAAAGAGACUAUUGAGGAGAUUAAGAAAAUUUUACCCAGAAUGAAGGUGAACCAUCAUGCAACGGUGAUUGGGGUCAAGAGUUAUCUCAAUCAUAGAUUCUACGUGUAUCAAACACUAAAAAAAAGACUAGUUCUGUACGCUGGUUUAGGUGGUUGGUUAUUCUUAAAAACAAAUCAACUAAAAUAUGCUCAAAUACAUAGAGCAAUUGGUUUGUAUGUGAUGUUUAACAUUCUCAUUCCUGACUUAAUGGUCCACAAAAGAAGGCUUUCUCUUGAGAUCAGUGAGCAUACUCGAUGGUUAGCAAAUCUCUUUAAAUAAAUUCUUUGGAAAUUUCUCAAAUGCCUAAUUUCA